AUGGGAGUGCUUGGGCUCUAUAGUUACUUUGAAUGCAGAUCGCUUGGCAUUCGCAAGAGCUGGGUCUCACCUGAUGAACCAUCGAUCUCUGAACAGCAACAACAGGGGCAACAGAAAACGGAGCAAAGGCGAUAUUUUAUUCUUGAUGGAAAUGCAUACAUCCAUCACCUCUACUGUGGUCAAUUCGAAUGGAUCUGGGGUGGUCAAUACAGCUCCUUUGUCAGCCUCUUGAUCGCCCAUAUCUCUGCUCUAACUGCCUGUGGCUUCCGUCUUCAGUUCCUUUUCGAUGGUCCACUUCCACUUCAAAAACUUCAAACACGUUUAAACAGAGACACCGAAAAGAUUCACAAAAUGAGUAGAGUGAUGAACGAUCUGGAGCAUUACCAUGCCUCGGGACUCUAUAAUAGAGGAGUUGGAAGCAGAUCUAGUUCAAACUUUUUAAUCCCACCACUGGUGAUGGAGGUCACUUUACAGACAUUGAGGUCCUUAGACGUUGACCUACUGGUAUGUGAAGGAGAGGCAGAUGGUCUCGUUGCGCAAUUGGCUAUGGAAAAAUCCAUGGAUGAGGGUGUCGAGGAAGCAUACGCUGUUAGCAAAGACUCUGACUAUUUCAUCUACAACACUGGAUCUUCUACAAAGGGCGGAUAUAUCCCACUUGAUACCUUUUACACCUCCAAAAAUCCAGAGACAUCUGCUAUCACGAUCACAGCAACAGUCUAUUCUCAGUCAGUAAUCGCCAAUCAUCUUGGGAUCCGCCCCGAAUUCCUUCCAUUAUUUGCAUCACUUACAGGAAAUGAUUACCUA